AUGUCGACCGACUUCGGGAAUCCUUUGAAGAAGUUCAAAUUAGUUUUUCUAGGAGAGCAAAGUGUUGGCAAAACUUCACUAAUUACUCGAUUCAUGUACGAUUCGUUUGACAACACCUAUCAAGCAACCAUUGGGAUUGAUUUCUUGAGCAAAACAAUGUAUUUAGAAGACAGGACGGUCCGUCUUCAGCUCUGGGACACCGCUGGUCAGGAACGGUUUCGAUCGCUUAUUCCUUCCUAUAUACGUGAUUCAACAGUUGCUGUAGUAGUUUACGACAUCACUAAUGCGAAUUCGUUCCAUCAGACUUCAAAAUGGAUUGAUGAUGUACGUACCGAAAGAGGAAGUGAUGUGAUAAUUAUGCUUGUUGGAAAUAAAACCGACCUCGGAGACAAAAGGCAAGUCUCUACUGAGGAAGGUCAGCGCAAAGCCAACGAGCUGAAUGUAAUGUUCAUUGAAACAUCUGCAAAAGCGGGAUAUAAUGUGAAACAGCUUUUUCGUCGCAUUGCCGGCGCAUUACCUGGAAUCAUAAAAGACGACGAUCGCAACGACAACACUACUAUUGUGAAUAUGGAUCCCAUAAAACAGCGUCAGAUCGUCACAGAUGAAGGGGCUGAAAAGAUGAUGGUCAUAUAUCUAGUCCACUCUAUUGUUUUGGCCAGAAAUUUUAUUCUUUGUCGGCGAUUUUGGAAGCGAGCAUCACUACCCAUUGAAUGCUGUGUAGAUGGUCGUUUCUUCUAUCUACAUUGUGAUCAGAGCAACGUCUCAGGAUUGCUCUUCAUUUUUGAGGAAAAGAGCCAGGAAGAUCCGAACAUUCUGACAUUGUGA